CACGCCCCCCGGCCCUGGGCGGUAGUGCGCGUUCCCGAGCGAGCGGCGCGCUCCUCGCGUCUUCCCUCCCGAGACCUCGAACGCGCGCAGCCGCCCACCCCGCCGCUGCCGUCGCCCCUCCGAAGGCCAGCGGCGCCAUGUCUUCGCCUCCAGAAGGAAAGCUGGAGACCAAAGCCGGACACCCGCCCGCCGUGAAAGCUGGUGGGAUGCGGAUUGUGCAGAAACACCCACAUACCGGAGAUGGAAAGGAAGAGAAAGACAAGGAUGAGCAGGAAUGGGAAAGCACCAGCCCACCUAAACCAACGGUGUUCAUCUCUGGUGUUAUUGCCCGGGGUGACAAAGACUUUCCCCCGGCAGCUGCACAGGUGGCCCACCAGAAGCCACACGCCUCCAUAGACAAACACGUUUCUCCAAGAACGCAGCACAUCCAACAGCCUCGCAAGUGACUGGCAUCCAGACCCCAGCACCCUCAGCGGCAGCAGCAGCAACCCAGGCCACCUCCCAGGAUGCUUCCCUGACCAAAAACUCAAACUUACCGCAUAGUUUACUAAGUUCAGAAACUUAAGGCAAAGCAAAGUGGGCUUUCGUUGUCUCAUACUUAAAAGUAGAAGAAGCUCAAACCCCGAAAUUUGUUUCUAAGAGUCCUAGUUGAGUGUCACCGGAGGGUCAUUGUACUCCCCAGAAGAAGAACAAAACACAACGGUGUGCUUCUUAACAAUUGUGCUGCCGUCCUGCCCUAGGAUGCCCUGGCCAGCCCCCAGUUCAUGGCUGCAGGUCCCUGCUCUCUGAAAAGUCAAAGCGAGAUGUAGAACCUUCUAGAGUGCUGCUCAUGGAGGGGGCUCCUGGCUGUCCCAGUGGCCUGCAGUGUCACCAGCUGCACGUCACUGCGGCUCUGUGAGCAGCGUGUACACCACCAGCCUUUCUGGGACUGCUCACUAGGCCUGUGCCACGGCGUUAGAGGAGGGAUGGGCUCCUCGAAUUCUAUGAGCAGUUUGGUAUCCCGGUAGUGAACUUAACAGUGAGACAUAAACCUCCAGACCCCGAGUUGUCCAUCUCUUCCUUUGUAAUUACUAAAAUGGUGUGAACCGAGGGUUGCUGUGGAGACCCUGGCUCGGCUGCAGCACUGGCGUGGAACCCACAGCCUUGCUCUGUCAUAUGGAGCCAAAUAUAGGAUGAGACCUUAGAGCCAGCAACAGCAGGUCCCCCUGUGUAGACCUUCUCACACAUCCUGAAACAUUCACAGUCCCUGUUAGUUCAGCAACCCUAGGGACUGCUCUGAGCUAGCUCUGGUGUGUGUCUGUGGAUCUAGGUCACUGAAUGCGACAAGUCUCCCUGAAGGACUUCUUAAUCUUUGACAUUGAAAAUAUAUUGACUACAAUAAAGCCCCUGCAUUUCUG